UGGCAGGAUUGUGUGUCGAAGUUAUAUCUGACACGUAUUUUGCGAAAAAGCGUAAAUAGUUUCUGAAAAUUUUGCUAUGUUGCACUGUUUUUAACAUUUCACUAUUGAAGUUUAAUAUUGAAAAAAGAAAAUGGACUUUCGCGAGACGCUUUUAGCUGCUCAGCGAAAUCAACAACAAAAGUCAUCCGAUCAUUUUUACUACAAGGCUCGUUUAGAUCCUUUAAAAAAGGAACAGAGACAAAAAGAGAAACUUUCGGCUAACAUACAGAAGUUUUUGGCGAAAAAAGAUGAAGAAGAAUAUCAAAAGAAAAUUGAGGCUCAGAAGAAAAAAGAAGAGCUUCUGGCCAUGCGGGAUCCUAAAGCGCUCCGCAAGAUCCAGAAAACCUUAAAAGUCAUCAAGUCUGCUAAUAAAUCAGUUAUUGAGGAUGUGGAUAGAGAGAACACAGCUGUAACUCUCACUGGCCCUGAACAACCUGAUCAAGAUGACUAUGGCUAUGAGUCUCAGGCGGCUGCUGCCAUUUAUGCUAAGAUGAUGGAAAAGUACAGUAAGAUACCUGAGGAACCAAAGUUUCCAAGUAGUUUGAAAUCUGUGAAAAAAGAUUUGAAUGGUACAAGAGAAAGGGUCAAAAAUGCUCUUCAGCAUGAAGAUGAACCAGUUCCUCAUAAAAGGAGAAGGCGUACUGAAAAUGGAGAAAGAGAACCAAGUCCUCCUUCGAAACAUGAAGUCGAAAAGAAGAAAGAUGAGAAACCUAAAAUAAGAAAACCUGCACCACCUCCUUUGGACUUUAACCAGCUGUUGAAAAUUGCGGAACAAAAAAAGAGUGAACCUAUUGAAAUUAGUACUAAGAAACCUGUCCAAGAAGCUGAACCAGAGAGGCCAAUGACCAAAAAACAAAAGAAAGAAUAUGAGGAUGAGAUGGCUCGAAGGCAACGUCGUUUAGAAAGAUUAGAGGCUGAGAAAUAUGGUGGAAAGAAAGUUCAAAAAGAAGAAAAAGUAACUCAUAAAGAUGAAAAACCAUCAGAGAGGGAGCGCAAGCCUGAGACUAGUGGAGGAUUAGGUCGCAUACCAAAAAUCGGUGAUAGAAAUUCUAACAAAAACAUAAACUCCAAACCAGUAGAAAGAGAAAAAAAUGAAAGAACCAUAAAAGAUAAAGAGAAGCCUAAAGUAGACAAAGAAAAAUCUGAACGGGAGAAGGAGAAAUUGGAGAGAGAAAGAUUAGAAAGGUUGAAAGCCGAAAGAGAAAGAAUUGAAAGAGACAUUGAAAGGCUUAAUAAAGACAGAGAGAGAUUAGAAAAGGCAAAGUCUAAGCUCGAAACUAAGCCAACAGAAAAAACAAAACCAAUAGAUAAAACUGCAGAUAAAACUAAAUUAAGCGAAAAUGUAAAGAAAAAUAUUGAUUUGAAGAGUCAGAAUACAUACAGGAUAGAUAAAAAUUCCAAUGAAAAGAAACCGAGUGCACUGAGCAGAAGUGGAGAUGGUAAAUACAUGAAUGGUCAUGUUCAGGGUAAAUCGGUGCCGAAACCUAAAGAACAAACUGUCCAAAAGAAUGGUAUAAAUGGCAAAGUUCCAUUAACUAAAAGUAAAGUUGGGGAUAGUCGACCAGAAAAUGGUAAACGUUUACCUGAAAAAGAUUCAAAAAGGCCAGAUGACAAGAGGUUGCAACCGAGUAGUACAAAAGUUCAAAAUGGGCCGAGUAAGCCGAAAAUCUCUAAUAGUUUUGACUUCGACAAACAUGUGAAUUCAUUAGGGAAGAAUGGCGCUAGGAGACCGGACGGUACUCGGCAGUAUCCACCGGGUGACGUUAGGAGAAAACCUCAGGGAAAACCUAAACGUCGUACUCUAGAUUCGGAUUCGGAAUACGAUUCAGAACUUGACGACUUCAUUGACGAUGGAGACGAACAAAUGGACUAUUCUAAACACAUCAAGGAGAUUUUCGGCUACGAUAAGUCCAAGUACCGAGAUAUGGAUGACGACGAUGAUCCGAUGAUGGAGUCUAGUUUCGCACGACAACAACGCGAGGAGUACAUCAGCAAAAAAAUUGGAAUAAUGGAAGACUUAGAAGACAUGAGAUUGGAGGCGAUGCAGAAAAAGAAAAAGAAACGGCGUAUUAGUGACGAUUGAACUUGUAUCGAAAGAUCCGAAAGCUUAUAAGGACUAACAAGCAACGCUCACUAUGGAACAUUAUGUGCAAUGCCAUUGCGAAUUACGUUUUUGUGUAUUUGUAUAUUUUUAAUUGGCAUGUAUAAUGUAUAUAAUUAUCAAAUAUAUAAGUUUCGCAACACCCACUGAAACUGUAAGUAUUUCGUAUAUUGAAGAAUAUAUUAUACACUCUAUAGAGUGAUGUUAUCGAUUUUUUUUUUGUAAUGAAAAUUUAUCGAUAUUGUGAAUCAGUCGAAAUGCAUUGUUUGGUAUUUUGAGUUUAGCAUAAAAAACAUCAAGCUGGCUAUUGAUUUGACGAUUCUGCAAAAUGAUUUAGUAAAUAUCAAUAAAUUGUUCACAAUUGUCGGUUAAGGCAUUCUAAAGUUGAUGUAGAUUGUUUGAAUGCAGAUGAAAUCGAUUUUCGAUUAUUUUAAGUUUCUCAUAUAAAUUACGUUAUAUUUAUUUUGGUAAGUUACAUUUUGAAUAAAUUGGUAAAAAAAACAUAUUAUAUUCAUAAAUAUAUUUAUUGAUAUAACAAUUGUAUUACCUAAUGCUAUAUCGAUUGGUUAUGUAAUCAAAUUUAUUUUAAUUGUGUUUACUUAUUUACCACAAAGCUUCAUAAUAAAUAACCUCUGUUUAUCUUCACUUCAUACGAAUUGUGGUAAGAAUGUUACUAGCAUGUAAUAACUUCUAAUAUUUAAAAUAGGGUUGAGGAAAACAAAAAACAAAAAAAAAAUUGACAUGGCAAUUGAUAUAAGUAAAAGUGACAAUUUAAAUUUAA